GACUUCAUCUGGACCAGAUCUGUGCAGACCCAGUGCUCGCUGCCUCAACCUCAUAUGUGCACUGUUCUUGCUGUGUUACGAAGGCCCUGUUUCCUUCAUGUAUAAGUUUAAAAACUACCAGUUUGUCCUGGCCCUGGUAUUUGCCAUUGAAGAGAUCAACAGGAACCCUCAACUUUUACCUAACACAUCUCUUGGAUUUGAUCUUUAUAAUAUCCCUUUCAGUGAAAAGAAUACUCUUAUGAAUGCUUUUAUUUGGCUCACAGGGAUGAAUGAUGUCAAAGCUAAUUACAAUUGUAAAAAGGAGCGGAAGUCAGCAGCAUCACUUACAGGAACAUCAUUCGCAAUAUCAGCACAUAUGGGGACACUGCUUCAGCUCUACAAAAUACCACAGCUUACUUUUGGGCCUUUUGAUACUAUCCUGGAUGAUCGCACACAGUUUACUUCUCUCUACCAGAUGGCUCCCAAAGACACAUCUCUGUCACUUGGCAUUGUCUCUUUGAUGCUUCAUUUCAAAUGGACCUGGGUAGGAUUGCUCCUCAGAGAUGACCACAGAGGAAGUCAAAUUUUAUCUGAUUUGAAAGACGAGAUGAAGAAAAAUGGAGUCUGUAUGGCUUUUGUGGAAAUGAUUUCAGGUACAUUGGCUUCAUUUUCUGACAGUUUCUGGAAAAGUGUGGGAAGGAUCCAAGACUCAUCUGCAAAUGUGAUCAUCAUUUAUGGAGACAUUGAUUCUCUACAUGGCUUAGUGAAAAAUAUAGGACAGAAGUUAACUACAGGGAAAGUCUGGGUCAUGAACUCACCUUGGGAUGUUACCAACCACUUGGAUUAUUUUAUGUUAGAUUCUUUCCAUGGGAGUCUCAUUUUUUCACACCACUAUGAGGAGAUGGUUGAUUUUACACAUUUUAUCCAAACAGUUCAUCCUUCCAAAUACCCAGAAGAUACAUAUCUUCCAAAAUUGUGGCAUUUAUUCUUCAAAUGCCCAUUUUCUAGAACUGAUUGUAAACUCUUGGAGAACUGUCAGCCCAAUGCUUCCUUGGAUUUAUUGCCUAAGCAAAAUUUUGACACGGCCAUGAGUGAAGAGAGUUACUACAUAUACAAUGCUGUGUAUGCUGUGGCCCACAGUCUCCAUGAGAUGAUUUUUAAAAAAGUUCAAAUUCAACAAUAUGAAAAUGGAGAGGGAAUUACAUUCCUCCCCUGGCAGCUCCACCCAUUCCUACAGAAUAUCUAUAUGAAUAACCAUGUGGGAAGUCAUAUGCUAACGCACAUGAAAUCUAAGUUAGAUUCCAAGUAUGACAUUAUCAACUUUUGGAAUUUUCCAAAAGGCAUUGGACUAAAGGUGAAAGUAGGAUCAUUUUCUCCAAAUGCUCCACAUGGUCAACAAUUGUCUUUAACUACCAAUUUGAUACAAUGGCCCACUAGAUUUACAGAGAUUCCUAAGUCUGUAUGCUAUAAGCUCUGUAGACCUGGGUUCAGAAGAACUAUCCAAGAGGGUAAAGCUGCCUGUUGCUUUGAUUGUAUUUCCUGUCCAUACAAUGAAAUUUCAAAUGAGACAGAUAUGGAUCAUUGUUUGAAGUGUCCAGAAAGCCAUUAUGCAAACACAGAGAAGAAUCAUUGCCUCCAGAAAACUGUGACAUUUUUACAUUAUGAAGAUCCCUUGGGCAUGGCACUCAGUAGCAUAGCCUUGUGCUUCUCCGCAAUUACAGCUUCUGUUCUUGUGAUCUUUGUGAAGCAUCGAGACACUCCCAUUGUAAAGGCCAAUAAUCGGGCCCUCAGUUACAUUCUGCUCAUCACACUCAUCAUCUGUUUCCUCUCUUCCUUGCUCUUCAUUGGGCAGCCCAACACAGCUACCUGUAUCCUGCAGCAGACCACAUUUGGAAUUGCAUUCACUGUGGCACUCUCCACUGUGUUGGCCAAAGCUCUUACAGUAGUUAUUGCCUUCAAGGUCACCUUUCCAGGGAGAUUGAUGAGGUGGUUAAUGAUAUCGAGAGCCACUAACUACGUCAUUCCCAUUUUUACUCUGCUCCAAAUCAUUCUUUGUGGAAUCUGGCUGGGAACCUCUCCUCCCUUUGUUGAUCAAGAUGCUUAUGCUCAACAUGGACACAUCGUCAUUUUGUGCAACAAGGGCUCAGCCAUUGCCUUCCACUGUGUCCUGGGAUACCUCUGCUCCUUGGCCCUUGGGAGCUAUACCAUGGCCUUCUUGUCCAGGAAUCUUCCUGACAAAUUCAAUGAAGCCAAAUUUUUGACAUUCAGCAUGCUUGUGUUCUUCAGUGUGUGGGUCACCUUUCUUCCUGUCUACCACAGCACCAAGGGGAAGGUUAUGGUGGCUAUGGAAGUCUUCGCUAUCUUGGCUUCCAGUGCAGCACUCUUAGGCUUCAUAUUUGCCCCUAAAUGCUACAUUAUUUUGUUAAAGCCAAAGAAGAAUGUGUUACAUGGCAUCAGAGACAAUACAUACUAUGGAAGAAAUAACCUUAACUAA